UGACGGAAAACUGGUGUGAAGAAAAAAUAAGUCGUGCCGGACCCCUGAUUACUCAUUCAGUCCAGGUACAGCGGAAGUCAACGGACCUGCGGUGCUCCGCUCGCGUUACUCUUGUUUGCGUGCCCCAGAAUUAUUUCGGGCAGCCCUGUCGUGCCUCAUUGGGAAUAAGAGAGGAGAGGGAUGCGUAUUAAAUAAGCGCUCUUGUGUUUCAGUGCACUCGCGCGGGGGAAUGAUGCAUUGAGGACGGGCUGCUCUGCGGGCGUUUUAUCUACCGAGCUCCGUUACACCUACCGCGAACGGCGAAACAUCUCAAUGGCUACUCUUUUGCGAAAAAUCGGGCUCAUUCGCCUACACGACCGAGACACGGAGGACCCGAAGCAUCACCACCAGGGCUCACUGAAAGGGACUAAAGGCAACCAGAAGAACAACAACAUGAAGCACUGCAACACCAGCAACGAGACCAACAACAUCCUCAGCACGCCCGAAAUCAAAGCCAGGCGCUUCGACGUGUCCGGUAAGGACAAGCCAGCCGUCAAACCGGACAAACCGAGCAAGGACGCGAAAGAGAAGGAGCAAACGGGAGGCGGCUCCGUGAUGCCCCCGCCGGCGGCGCACCGACAGCACUGCACCCAGGUGCGGACGCGGAGGCUGAUGAAGGAGCUGCAGGACAUCCGGCGGCUCGGAGACAGCUUCAUCACGGUGGAGCUGGCGGACGAUAACCUCUUUGACUGGAAUGUGAAGCUGCAUCAGGUGGACAAGGACUCCGCGCUGUGGCAGGACAUGAAGGAGACCAACACCGAAUACAUACUGCUGAAUGUCUCCUUCCCCGACAAUUUCCCCUUCUCCCCGCCGUUCAUGCGCGUACUGACGCCGCGGCUGGAGAACGGGUACGUGCUGGACGGCGGCGCGAUCUGCAUGGAGUUAUUAACGCCCCGCGGCUGGUCGAGCGCGUACACCGUCGAGGCCGUGAUGAGGCAGUUCGCUGCCAGUCUGGUCAAAGGACAGGGUCGUAUCUGCAGGAAAGCAGGCAAGUCUAAGAAGGCAUUUAGUCGCAAGGAAGCCGAGGCGACCUUCAAGAGCCUUGUCAAGACCCACGAGAAGUAUGGCUGGGUGUCCCCUCCCGUGUCCGACGGCUGAUGUCAGCGUCUUCAACGACGAUCCCAACAUGUCUUUUUCAGUUGGGUUUUCUUCUCUUUCAUCAUCAAACUUAACUACGAAAAAACAAGCUAGCGCAUCAUAUCUUACACACAAACGUGGCACAUUCACCUCCACUCUUCUUCGAGGUGCCAUGGACCGAACACUCGCUGCGACAUCACAAUUACUCAUGAGUGGUCAUCACUACAGCUAUGGACUCUGGGUACGAUUGAGGCUCCAAGCAAAGUUAAAUGUGCACCAUCUCCACUCUAUAUCCUUGUCUGUCUGUGUUGCCUCAUGUUUUUCCUCCACCCAUCCCUCUUUCCUUUUAUAGCUGACAAUGCAUUGCACUGAGCAGCAUCAGACUUGCCCCCAUUUACAUGCAAAUGACUUAAUAGAUAAGCAGAUCAUUA